AUAAUCCUAGAUAAAGGGAUUUGCUAUAAAAUUUAGAAUGUGACAAGAGACAAGAUUCUUUUGCAAUGUCUACACUUUGAAGAGCAUCAAAUGCAUGUCAUGAAUUACAAGUGAUAGUGGAUGCACAUGCAGAUAUAUUUAUUUAGUAAUGUGCUAACAAAUAACAAGCACACCAAGGAAACCAAGAAUAAACAUACACUGUGGAAAUGAGGCAAAAAGAUUUAAAGAAAUACCACACAUGGCACAAAUGAUAAGAAAAAAAUUUGUAACCAAUUAUUAAAAAACUCCAAGUUAAGUAUGGGUGUUAAUUAUUGUGAAAUUUGGCAUCCUAGUGAGUGAUUACUGGCGUGAGACAUACUGAGGCCAAUGGGAAGUGCAAUCAAGAGCCGCUUUGGCACAACAAUGACGAUGCAUAAUACAGUAUAUCACUUUGUAGUCACUUUUCCUCAUUGCACCAAGUGUUUUUUUAUAUUGCAACAAGCUCCUUGCCACAAUUUAUCACAUGCUUCUUAUACAGAUAGAUGCCUUUAAACAUACUUUUCAAGGUUGCCCUACAUACAGUGGUUUACAUGUAGCUCCCAUAAAUGUUAAUAUUUAAUCAGAAACACUUUGUACUUAGUAUCUCAUUGCCUGUGCUUCAGAUCUUUUCUUGUACUGCAAGAUAUAUUAGCUCAUUUUACAUACACGACAGCGUGAUGGCAAGCAACGUUGAGGAAAAGCUGAAGCUGAAGCGGGAGGUAGGGUUAAUUAGUGCAGUAUCUCUGGUCGCAGGCACUAUGAUUGGAUCGGGGAUCUUUAUGUCCCCCCAGUUUGUGAUGUUCCAUGUUGGAAGUCCUGGAGCAAGCUUGAUCAUCUGGGCUGUGUGUGGCCUGGUGACUCUAUGUGCUGCGCUUACUUAUGUAGAGCUCGGUACCAUCUUCAGAGAAUCUGGAGGUGAAUUUAUCUACAUCCUGAGAAUCUAUGGAUCCCUACCAGCAUUCUUUGUGGCAUUCACAUUUAUAAUUGUGGUGAAGCCAGGAGGUGUUGCAGCUAUAGCAUUGAGCUUUGCUCAGUAUGCUGUGGCUCCUUUUUAUGCAGGCUGCACGCCACCUACAUUGGUGGUAAAAUGUAUAGCAGCGGCAUGCAUUUUCGUGGUGGCUACUGUCAAUAUACUGAAUGUUCGCUUCGCAAUGGCCAUUCAGCUUAUCUUUCUGGUGGCCAAAGUUGUGGGCCUGAUGGUGAUUGUUAUUGGUGGAAUAGUAACUAUGGCCCAAAAUGGCCUGGAAAGCCUCGGACCUCCAGACAUUUCCUUUCAGGGUACAACUUUGGGUGUCAGUCAGAUUGGAAUGGCACUGUAUCAGGGACUUUGGUCUUUUGCAGGAUGGUACAGUUUAAACUUUGUGCUUGAAGAGGUCAAAAAGCCAGAGGUAAAUCUCCCCCGGGCAAUAAUGAUUGCCAUCCCCAUGGUAACAAUAUUCUACUUGCUGGUCAAUAUCAGUUAUCUGGCUGUCUUGACCCCUAAAGAGAUGAUGGUGUCCAAUGCUAUAGCAGUUACUUGGGGAAAUAAGGUGCUGGGUAGCUGGGGCUGGGUGAUGUCCAUUGCAGCAGCAUUGUCUUCUUUUGGCACACUGAAUGGAUCGUUCUUCGCUGGAGGGCGAAUUUGUUUUGUAGCUGCCCGAGAAGGUCACAUGCCAGGCAUCCUGUCCAUGGCCCAUGUGCAACGCCUCACUCCCACUCCAUCACUUAUUUUUACCACUAUCAUUUCUUUAAUUGUGCUCAUUCCUGGAGACUUCCAAAAAAUAAUCAACUUAUUCAGCUUUACCUCCUGGUUUUUCUAUGGAGUUACAGUAUCUGGACUUCUCUAUCUAAAAAUCAAAAAGUCUGAUCUUCCACAAGCAUACAAGAACUCAGCUACACCCCCUGCUCUAUCCUCUGUCUAUGUGUUCUCUCAUACCCCACAAGAAACUGGCAGAGGUGGUCUUACAGGUCUGCGGUUGCCUAGGAGACGGUCCUUCACACCUCUCCCCCUGUCUCAAAUCAUUUCAUCAUUUGAAGUUCAUGCUCAUAAGGUACCCAUUUUUAUCCCUAUUUUGGUCUUGCUGAUGGCCGUGUUCCUCGUUUUAGCACCCAUCAUUGAUGAUCCUCAGCUUGAGUACCUUUAUGUGACCCUCUUCAUCCUAAGUGGAACUUUAAUUUAUUUUCCGUUCAUUCACUUCAAACUUUGUCCUGGCUUGCUGGACAAACUCACAGUGUUCCUGCAGCUGUUCCUGGAGGUGGCGCCAGUUGACAAAAACAUAUAAAGCAGGCUGAGAGGUAGAGCUUUUUAGUCUAUUGUGCUGGUCACCUCUGUGUCCUUAUAUUUGUAAUAUUUUUUUUAUUGCCACAAUAUAGAUAAGACUAAGCUCUCAGGGUAGGUCUUAGCAUUUGGGCAUUUUGCAUUUUUGUGAAGUUAAAAAUAUCCAUGUACCACUAGAAAAACUAGACUAGACGAACUAGUCUACAAGAACAUUUCUAAUUAUAUUAGACAUUUUUUUUGUUUUUAAAUUAUGUUUUAAGUGUUUUUAUUUAAUCAUAUUAAUAAUAUAUUCUGAAUAAUUAUUUUUCAAAUACCUGUUUCUGUACAAAAUAUCUUAGAGAUAAGAAAAUAAGAAUAACCUUUUAUAUUGCUAAUAAACUGGUUGUAUUCUAAUUAUAAAUAAAAAUGCUAGUGCUUCCAAUUAAUAGUAAAAGAACUACAUGUUAAAAUAAUUAUACCAAAAAUCAGAGAGUGCAAAAUUACCUUAUACCAAAACAAGAAAGAAACCAACUGUACUUAAAUGGGCUGUACUACAUGCACUACAAUGUUUUCUAUAAAACCUAGUAGGAGACCAAGAAACAUGCAAGCAGGAAAGUUUUUCUAACUAGGUAUGAAACUCUGGUUUCUUCAAUUUAUGAUGUUUCUAUUAGUAACGAAAAGACAGAGCUCAGACUGCAUUUAAUAUUUCAUUUA